AAAAGGGUAUUAAUGAAGAAUAUGAUGAUGAUAUGAGAUCAAGAAUUACCGGCAACUAUUCUAUGUCAAGUUCUGUUAUGCAUAGAAACGAUAAACUUCGAUUAUUGGAUGAUCAAUUUGAAAAGGAGUAUAUGGAAGAUUAUGACGAUGAUUCUGAUAUCGAAUCAACGUCGUCUUCUCAAGUUCGGCAAGAUUUUUCUCAAAUUCUUGAUGAAUUCCUUGAUAAAUAUGAAAUUAGCGGCCGGAAAAUUGUGCCAAAAUCAGAAGAUACCGUACAAAAUCAAUUGGAUGCAAUUCGCCAAGAAUUGGGACAAGUCCACCUUAAUGAACAAGGAUCUGAGUUAAAGGAAGAAAUGGUUAACAAAGCUACCAAGACGAGUAAAGAGUAUGUAGAGGUUGAAAGUGAACCAUUUACAAAAAAGCAGGCUUGGGAUUGUCAAUCAAUUCUGAGUACAUAUUCAAACCUUGAAAACCAUCCGACCUUAAUACGUGAACAACCUCGUAAAAAGUCAAAUACAGACUCUGAUGAUAAUAAAUUUCUUAAAAACGAAGAAUCUGAUUCAGAAAGACAAGUUGAAGUUUCAGAAGAUGAGAAUGGUCAAAUAAGAG